AUGAAUUCAACUCCAUCCGUAACGCCUUCAUCAUCUGAGAAAUCAAGUGUAUUAUCUUCAAAUUUAACCCAAUCUUCAAUAACCUCAUAUACCUCUGUUUCUAACUUCGAGCUCACCUCAGAUGAAUUUAGUGAUAUCAGUGAUAUCACUGAUAUCGACGAUAGUGAAGAAAUAGACGAAAUCGAUGCAGAUCUAUCAUGCCCAGAAUGUUCGCGACCCAGAACAAACGAUCGAUGGUGUAAUUUCUGCGAAUCUCAAAAAUUUUCAAAUAAUUUUAUUAAUUGGACAAGCGGAAAUUCAUAUUUAGACAAAAUCAUAAGAGAUACUCAAUUUAUUGCCACAAGUAAAUAUGAUUAUUUGGUUUGGAUUGAUUAUAGUGAGUUUGAAGAUAUAGAAUUUUUGGCGAAAGGUGGAUAUGGUGAAGUUUAUUAUGGAAUUUGGAUUUAUGGACCAAAUAAAGUUCUAAUUUAUGAAGAAGAAAAAUGCAAAUGGAAAAAAGAAGCUAAAACACCAGUGGCUUUGAAACGUUUACAUAACUCUGAAAAUGUUACUGCAGAUUUUAUAGAUGAA